GGCUCUACACUGGAGAACAAAACUGAUUGUUUUAUCUUUGACUUUAAAUAAUGCCAUCACCAGAGUUGUUCCACAAAAUCUUGGGACUGACACUUCUUCUGCUCCCCUACUAUGCUCAAGGAAAAGCAGAACAAUUUUUUCCAAUGCCCGGUUUCAGAGCAGAAAAUGGGAUGUCUCAAGCUUAUUUACCAGGUUUCCCAUCAGUUGCUGGUAAUGAAAUAGAAGAUACCAUCCUUCAGUUAAAAGAUCGGAUUUCAAAACUCGAAGGAGUCCUUCACUUACAAGGGAAGAUAACAACAUCUGGAGAGAAAAUAUUUGCUACCAACGGGAAAACAGCUGAUUUCUAUGCUACAGUGAAAAUGUGCCAGGAGGCUGGUGGGUGCAUUGCAUCUCCAAGGAACGCAGAUGAGAACGCUGCCAUUCUGCACUUUGUGAAGCAGUAUAAUAGCUUUCCAGUAUCUGUCCUCACUCAUCAGCUCACCCGCCCACAGUCUUCAGCCUUGCAUGACUCCUGUUGUGAAACUACCUCUGCCACCAGCACAAGGAAAUCAGAACACAGACAUCACCUCACGCAGUAGUUUUCCACUCGUCGUAUUCCAGCACAGUUCAGAAGCUCGCAGCAAUUAACAUCAGCUUGAGAACAAAGUUGAACCCUCCGAACUCCAAAAACCAUGGUAAGUUUUUAUUUAUGCUAUCUAUCCUGGAAACUUGAGCUUUGGUUUCUUCCUGCUGAUCUCUAGGGGUUACAGAAUCAUCUCAAAAUCUGAACAAAUUGCAACGACGUGGAAAAAAAUAAGAGUGUCUUCAGCAUAAGUCUACGAACGCAUGCCAUAGCAGAAAUGUUUGCCAGCCACCCACUGUUCGGGCACAUUUCCCCUGUGGACUCCCAGUCAGGUGAGCAAAGGACUUUGUGUGUUACUCCACAGAUGUGAAUGCUAUCCCUGUCUAGUCACUAGCCUUUGGUCACUAACUCCUUGCGUUACUAAA